AUGGCGAAGAGGCGGUAUGAAGAAGUCGACGAAUUCCAGGAGGACGCCGAGGACGCCGAGGAGAAUGCUGAGGAGGAUGCCGAGCUGGAUGUGGAGCAGAACGCCUCGGAGGACGGUGAGGCAAACGAGGAUGAGAGGUAUUGGGGCUUCAUCUCGAGCGUGAAGGAUGAUCGGAUGUGGGUGACCUGCGAACAGGUGCCCCCGGAGUUCGCGGACCGAAACCCGAAGAUCACGCGCAAGA